AUGACUAACCCUUGCAAAGCGUUCACCAGUGGUUCCCUCUCCUCCUGGGAGGUGUCAGGGAAGAUGAGCAGAGGAAAAGCAGCUGGCACUUCCCCGGAUCGCCAGGGCCGCAGCAGUCCCACUGGGGCAACAAGCAACAGCUAUGACUCCCUCAGCCUUCGUGGAGGUGGCAGAUACCGGCGCUCUUCUUAUCCCUCCCUCUCCAUUGAUGGGAGGCUCCUGGUCCCCCUGCACCUGGAUAUUGACCCCAACUUCCAAGCUAUGAGAGAACAGGAGAAGGAGGACAUCAAGCUGCUCAACAACCAGUUCGCGUCCCUGAUUGGGAAGGUCCAGUGCUUGGAGCAACAGAACAAGAUCCUGACAACAAGGUGGAGCUUCCUGAAGGAUCAAGACAAUUCCCAUUCCGAGUCAGACAUCAAGGCCAUCUAUGAUCAGUACAUGAGUAAAAUGAAUCAAGAGAUGAAGGCCCUCAGCUACGAGCGGGAAAACCUAGAGCUGGAACUGACAAAGGUGCUGGAUACCAUGGAUAACUUCCGAAGCAAAUACGAGGAUGAAAUUCGCCUCUGUAGUGGCAUGGAAUAUACCUUCACAGAGCUCAAAAAGGAUUUAGAUGUGAGCUCCUUGCACCGAACAGAGCUGGAAGUAAAACUGCAUGGGCUACAAGACCUGAUGGACUUGAAGAAAACCAUCUACGAGCAGGAACUUGAGGAGCUGCUGGCAGAAAUUAAGGACAUUUCUGUUGUCCUGGGAAUUGACAACACAUGCAAACUUGACCUCAGUAAAAUUGUGGAAGAAGUAAGGGCCCAGUAUGAAGCUCUUGCUCUCCGGAGCUGGGAGGAGGCUGAAGCGCUCACCAGGAGAAAGCUGAAUGAAGGAAACACCCAGUCAGCCACCUACGGGGGCCACCUCCUUGACAGUCGACGGGAAAUUGCAGACAUGAACAUACAGAUCCAGAAGUUGAGGUCCUGCAUUGUGUCCCAAAAGAGUCAGUGCCUGUACUUGGAGGAGAACAUCAAAGAGGCAGGGGAGCAAGGUGAGACGGCCCUCAAGGAUGCCAAAGCCAAGCUGGUCAGGCUAGAAGAAGCCCUACAGAAGAGCAAGGAGAAUAUGGCUCACCUGGUAAAAGAGUAUCAGGAGCUGAUGAACAUCAAGCUGGCCCUGGAUGUGGAGAUCCUCACUUACAGAAAGCUGAUGGAAGGGGAGGAGAGUAGCAUAGAGUCACCAAUACCCACCAUCAUCAGCACCAUCCAUUCCAGACCAAAGCACUCCUCCUCCUGUGCUUUGAGGAAUUCCAAGGUGUUUGCAAGAGGAACAGGCAGCACCAACAGUGAGAUGAACCCCAAAGGAAGCAGCACAAAGAUGCUGCCCUCAAGAAGCCACAGCAACAGCUCGGCAAUGCCUGAAGCAGACGCCUGCAUCAAUGGGGCCCGGCCAAAGUGCAAUUCUCUGUCCACCAAAGAAUGCUCUUAGGAGAAACGGAGCCCCACAGCACAAACACAAGACACGUUGGCAUCUGUAGCCAAAUGAAGCCAAAGCACUUUCUCCUAAACUCAAGCCAGCGUCCGAGGAAUCAAGGACAAGAAUCUCUCUCAAGUUUUUCUUUACAACAUCCCAGUUAACAUCUCUGUUACCAGUUACAAGCAGAAACCAACCCAGGGUUUUAGAGUCUCUCCCAUUCAGUACCCAUACUAACUCCUGCUUCUGCUCUGGAUCUGUUUCCACAGAGAAUUUGCA